CAUCCACGUCUCCCUCUAUCCGCCCCCUCCUCUCUCUCUCUCUCUCUCUCUCAGUCCGUCGCCGUCCUCAUUUUCUUCGUCUCCGUCGCUGGAUCUAAUUAGAUCCGCACCGACAACCUCCAUCUCGUCCUCCUUUCUUCUCUCGACAUAGAAGCUCCGUCCGCGACGAGCAUCCUCUGACGAGCCACUAUAUCUGUGACGGAUAGAUCUGUCUCACGCAACGUGGAUUUCUCCCCACGCCGCUGAUGCGACGGAUGCCCAUCGUCAUGGUCGUCGUUUUCGUUCGCUUCGCCGACGAAGUGCAGACCUAGGGCCAGAAGAUCAAGGGAUCUCGUUGGCAAGUUCACUGCCCUUCCCUUCGACCAGUGCAAGCAUAAUAUCAGCACCGUCGAUUGCCAGCCCUUUGGCCCCUCCGGCGGCAUGCUCGUUUUCGUCUCCUGCAAUCAGGCACUCGCUUAGAGAUGAUAUCCUCUUUCCCAUUUGUUCAAUGGUUGAUUUGGAGCCUUUGACAACAAACCAAGAUUCAGUGGCUAAUUUUUAUUACUAAGAUUUGUUCAAUAGUUGAUUUUUGUGAGAUCAAAUCUUCAAAACAAACUAAGGGUGUGUUUGGUAGGGAUUUUGGGAGCCCAAAAUCAAUUGUCUAUCCAGCCAAAGGUUUUUUUUGCAUUUGGUAAAAACGUAAAAAAGUGCUUCUGAAAGAAUUUGGGGAGAAUUUGAAGCCAAAAUCAGAAGCUGCCUUUGGACUGUUUCUGAUUCUAGAUUGUGCGGCAAUCUAAGGGAGUCCUUUAAUGAAACUUUUGUUAUUUCCGAUAUUUACCCAUGCUGAAUGAAAAGAAUUCCAGACCCAAAUUUUUUUUGCUCUUAGCGGUCAUGUUCUCUCUUCUCUCUUGAGCUCUCUCGUCUCCCUCUUUGCUCUCUCUUCGUGCUCUCUCCCCGUUUCUCUCUCUUCUCACUCUGCUACCCAAUUGAUUGGAGGAGCAUAUUAACAUUUUUGUGAUCGGAAAGGAAGUCCGAGAAUAUGCAUUAUUCAAGAAUCCUUGGCUACACUUUAUACAAGAAAAACUCCAGCUUUAUCUUCUCUUUGGUUCCUUCACAGCACCGUUGGAUCUCCUCCACAACCCCUCUACAAAACUCAUGGAUGGACAAGAUCAAAGGAGUAUUCACCAGCGAAAAGGCCUCCGAUGAAGGACCCCAAAUCACCUCCGAGUCUUUCACCCUUCUCCGCUUUGCGGAUGAAUUGAAGAACGCGAGAAGAGUAGGAUCUUUCAAGCAAUAUAUGGUGGGUAGAAGCAGUGAAGCGACAUUUUCGGAUGCCUUUGAGAAACAAGAAGCUAUAAUUCGAUAUCUUGGAGGCUUUGAUGCCACUGGAGAGAAUCUCCAAAGCAAUCACAAGCAAGAAGCAGCAAAGAAUUGUAAUUGCACGAUUGCCGAUGUUGAGAAUGCUCUGGCCAAGUUUACGUGGGCCAAAGAAGCACAAAAGAAGAUAGAAAAUCUGAAGAAAGAAGGAAAACCAAUGCCCAAGAGUCUUGCUGAGGUGCAAAAACUGAUGGGCUCUACACCAUUGGAUCUUGCUAGGUCUAAUUUGGCCAAGAGUGGACAAAUAAGUAAGAAUGCGCUUUGCCCAUGUGGUUCCAAUAAGAGAUACAAAAGGUGUUGCGGGAAGAACUGAAGUGAUUGAAGAACAAAGUACAGCGCCCAGAAAAGAUCCCUACUCUACCAUGGAAAUGGAGUUUGGAGAGUCCAUCAGAACUCCUAGAAUCAAUUUUUGAGUUCUUAAAUGUCGAAGCCUUUUGUUUUAUUUUGGCUAGUUGGACGAGUUGGUCCAUGCAUUCAAUUAGAUUUGGGGAGAUUUGAUGGUCAGAAAAUUGU